UCUUGCUACCGUACAUCGCAGUCUGACCCUGCGGGGCCUGCGGUCGAGUCUCUCGUUCUGUUCGCUGCUCAUAACUUGAACAUGGCAUCCUCAUCUCGGCAACGCGCCGUACAGGCCAAUCUUGACGACGCUCGAUCCGAGAAGCUCGACACCGUAUUCCGCGCUAUCCAGGCAGGCGGGAUGACUUUCGGCGGGUUCUUGCGCGAAGCUUUCACUGUGCCGCCUCCUCAGGUUUCCAAGGGAAAUACGGCACGACACUCGCAGCUUGUUUCUGCAUUCCUGGGUGGACGAUCGAGCGAGUCGGCACACGAAAUCGUCGAGCUCAUGUACUCGAGCAGGUACAGUGCUCCCAUCCCUGUUCGAGAUUCUCCGAGACGUCCUGGCCACGAAGCGCCGCGACCUGACGCGAAGAAGAUGGCUCGCUGGGGUCUGCGUGAAUGGGCUGUGGAGAAGGUGGAGGAUAUCGUGGACGAGGAGGCGGAGGAUGUCACGUCGAAGGCGGGCGGGUUUCACCUGAGGGACAAAGACGCUACAUGGGACUUCAUGUUUAGCUUCACAAUGGAAAACAUCUUGUCCGUCAUCAAUGCGAGGGUCCCGACUACCCUGUGUGUGAUUACCGCCGCCGCUAUCCCCCGUCGUGUUCGCAAACCGCCCGGUGCUCCUCAAGAUGCUUCGGCAACCUUUUGUGGAACGUACUACUCCAAAGAACCAGACUCGAACGGAGACAGAGGGAAGCGACGUGAUCCGAUGCUUAUAACCUUGAUUGCAUGCCUCUUGCUCUUCGGGGCGCGCAACCUACAGUUCACGGCAUUCCAGAAGUUCAUCGGGAUAUGGCUGUUCGCCCAUACAGCCUCUAGUGACAUCUAUGCGGUGUUCAGCCGCUUUGGUGUCUCGGUCUCUUACAGUUCUGUGCUCAGACUGUUACGCUCCCUAUCACAGUCUGCCCAAAUGGUAAUCCAACGUGUCGCGACUGCGCGAGCAUUCCUUCUCAUCUACGACAAUAUCAAUCGCAUGGCCUCGCCUAUAAUAUUCGUGCAUUCUUGCAGACGAUCACGUCGGCCCGAGUUACCGCUCACCUUGCAAGCAAAAGUGCAAAACAUGCACGCAAAGACAAGCAUGCUACACUCAACGAGCUUUCGCGGCAUAUGGACGAACAAGGUUUGCAUCAGUUCCGAGCGGGACGUACCCUGGGACAUGUAGCACAAGACGACUUCACGGAGGGCUACCGGAAGCUAGCAGAUGGGAAAAAGAUCGAAGACUUCAUUGCACGUACACUUCGGGAUGCCGGCGCGAUCCACAGUGAUUCCGAGUUAGCGGCCGCCGACGACGAACAACAAGCGAUAGAUACUGCUGCAUUACCGAAUGUGGUUGUAGACGGGCAGCUACUCGUUGGUGACGAAGUGAUGUCGGAUGGGUCGGACAGUGGUGAGGAGGAGGAGCAAGAGGAGCAGGAUAAUGAUACAACAUGACACUAGGAGUUACAAAUGCCAGAGCCGUCGACAGUACCCCAGUUGCAUAUAGUAACGCCGAUCGCACUGAGCGGGGCAUCCGGCGAGCGUCAAAGCGCGCCUUCGACGCGUUAUACACAAAUGUUGGCC